UAUUACUACAGCGUGUGCUCCUGGUGACCGAUAAUUUCAACUGAGCUGUGCGAGAGACUCUCCGGCCUAAAAUUUUGUGGGCCCCCUGGCAGGCAAGAGCGACGAGUUCGCGGUGUACCACGAGAAGUUUUUAAGCAGUUCCUACCCUGACGCGUGGAAGGGCCCGGAACUUCUGAACUCGGCAACUUCAGACAACACGACAGACGACAGAAUGGCGUGGGCGCCAGGUGCGGGCGCGCGCGGGCGGGCGCCGCCGCCGUUGCAAUCGCCGCCGUCGCAGUCGCCCUCGCCGCCGCCGCCCGCCGCCUUCCUGCGCGGCGCCGGCCAGCCCUGCGAGCGCCUGCGCGUCGGGUCGCCGCACAAGUGCGUGUCGCGGAGCGCGGUGCUGGAGGGGCGGCCGGUGGCGCUGGCGACGUCGCUGUGCGGGGAGCUGGUGUUCCCGCCGCCGGCGCUGAAGCUGGCGCGCCUGGCGCGGCUGGCGCCCGUCGCCUGGGUGCCCCGCGCGCCCUCCGCCCACCCGGCGCCGCCCGCGCUCGCCGUCACGCUGCUCGUGCGCGUCUGGCUGCUGCUGCCGGCGCUGCCCGCUCUCAGCGACGCGUGCGGCCGCCGGCUGCUGUUCCUGGAGCUGCGGCGGCGCGCGGCCGAGGGCCGCCUGCGGGGCUCGCGCGCGCAGCUGCGGGCGCUGAGCGCUCUGGCGCGGCGCGCGGACGCCCUGCGCGAGGACCACGCCCACGACGCCAACGCCCACGGCGCCAACGCCCACGGCGCCAACGCCCGCGGCGCCUCCGGACGG